AUGUCUGUGCAUACUUUACCUUGUUCUUCUUCUUCCUCUCGCAAUCCCAUACCAUCCCAAGCAGAAGAAGAAGAUCAAGGUAUCUCAUCCCAGGACCAACAACCCCUUCCACUCAUACUUCAACUCCCACCCGAACUCAUCGAUCACCUCCUCUCCCUCGUCCCUCCUUCCCACCGGCAGAUAACCAGUCUAUCUCUAACGAGGGUAUUCCCAAAUUAUCCUAUAUCUACCAGACACCUAUUCGAGCAUCUGAUAGUAUACAACGCAAGGCAAUUAUGGCCCCUUUGGAGGAAACUUAAAUCUAUCAACGACGAUCAGGAGAACGCUCGCUCGAAUGCGGAUGUGGAUGAGAGUGAGGGGAGUAGAAAGAUAACUCGUUCAGGAGGUAUCAAAUCAUUUACUCUCAAAUCAUGGAAAGGUGAUGUAGAUAUACUGAAUAACAUCUUGAGAUGUAUCUCACCUGAAAGAGGAUUAAAAACGAUAAUGUUAAAUAUCGGUACGAAUUUCUCGCCUGAUCAUCUUGAAGAAAUGUUCGAUCAACCUAGGAUGGAACUGAGGAGGUUGGAAAUGAGGUUCAGACCGUAUGUCGAACAGGCUAGUUAUUAUCAAUUCUUAGCUGGCUCAUACUUCGACACGGCCAUCGAGACACUCACCAAGAAAUGGCCUUCCCUCCCAUCUUUCACCCACCUCUCGAUCGUUCAGGACUUACCACCCCGUUCGACCGUCCCUCCCACAGCUGCGAAUUCCAAAUCCACCUCUUUAGAAGGAUCUCUCGCCGACCUCUCACUGGCCAAUACCACUGCAACCGGAAGCGGUUCAGAUUCAGACCAAGAUGAUUCCGGUAGAUCUACACCUCCUACCUCAAUCUCAUCAGCAUCUGAAAAUCCAAUGGACAUCGGUACUUCCAAAUCGUACACUGGUCAUGGACCUUUUGGUAAUCCUUUCCUGAAUGAGAAAUUGGGUAUAACAAAACCUAAAACUUUCGCCCAACCAAUCGUAUUCUUCGAUAUCAACUGUAUAUCUAAAUUCGCCUUAUCACCUAUCGCAGAAAACCUCACUCAUCUCAGAUUACGUGUUCCCUCCCGAGAUUUACUUAGAGUUCUCAUCGCUCCUCCAAGAGGUAUCAACACGCAUAAGCGGUUGUUCCCCAAUUUGAAUUAUUUGGAUAUAUCCACUACGAACGUUCGGAUCGAUACCAAUCUCACUACUUUACUCCGGACAUACUCGAGGUUGGAACAUCUAGUAUUGGACCGAGUGAACUUGUUUGGAUUUACUGCUAGGGACAAAGGACCUGAACUGUGUAAUGAUCUGGGAGGAUUGAUCGUUUCUGCUGGAUUGGCUAGGGGGAAAGAAAGAGAACGACAGAUAGCUCAGUGGGAGUUGGAACAACGUACGAGAUUUGCUGAAGCUGAGGCUGCUCGUAUAAGAUCACAGAGAUUGGCAGCAGAACAAGAACGUUUGGCUAAUCCAUCGGCGGAGGAUUCGUUGAGUGCGGAGGUCUUAGAUGAGAUUAGAAGGAGGGAGAGAAUGGAGGAACAACAAAGACAGAUUGAAUUGGCGAGAUCAAGAAGAGGUCAUAGAUCGGCGGCUCAAUCGACUUUCUCUCUACGUGACAGAAGUAGACGAGCUGGUGCUUCCUCAUCGACAAUUGCAACUGGCUCAAUAUCGCAAAUCGAUAUUCCACCACCGGACAAGUUGUAUAUGGUCUUACCUCCCCUACCUACCCUCAAGAGUAUAUCGAUAGGUGGUGAAGCCUCUGGUGUAUCGAGUGCGAAAGUUUUAGAAUGGGAAGAAGAGUUCCAUAGAGGUUGGAAAGAUGGACUGAACAAAGUUUUAGGUUGGGCAGUUCAUAUUGCGGAUAAAUAUGAGAGAGCGAGGAAGAAAGCUGAUGAAUGGAGAAUACAAGAAUUGAAAGAAUCAAACGAUAAACCAAGUACAUCUUCAUCAUCCACUAACAGUAGUGGUACGAAACAGGGGAAUGGACAUGUAUCGAAAUCGAAAAGAAGAGCGUCGAUAUCGUCCAGUGGUGUUAACAAACAGUAUAGUAAACCACCAUUAGAUAUUAGGUUAUUCCGAUUCCCCUCCGCUUCCGAAAAUCUCAAUGAAGAUGAACAAGGUAUACCGGGACCUAAUGAUUUGACGGCUGGUCUGGUUGAGAUUGAUCCUUCCGAAACGAUACACAGGGAAUAUCUAGAUAUCUACAAACAGGCUAUAGCAGAUUCGCAAUUAUACCUGGAUAAUCAAAAUCAAUCAGACGGAUAUGAUGUUAUGCCACCUUGUGUGCUUUGUACGGUUCCUGAUUGUGAGGGACCCGCAAGAAGGGGCGCAGAAGGUGAGAGAGUAGAUGGAAGAGGGGGGAUGAAUGGUGUGCAUAACAAGGGAUGCGGACAUGAAUUGGGGAGGAAGAUCUGGGGUUGGGAAGGGUUCGAAAAUGAUAAUGAGUGA